AUGAAUAAGAAUAUUCAUUCAACAUCAAUGAUAACAUCAUUGACAAGUAAAAAGAAAAAGAUAAAUGUACUAUUGACUGGAUCCAAUGGAUUUGUAGGUAGAAACAGUAUUAAACCAUUAAUUGAAUCUGGAUUAUAUAAUGUCUAUGCUUUGUUGAGAUCGAGAAGUGUUGGUGUUUCUUCUGCUGCUGCUGCUCCUGCUUCAAAGAAUAGCGGUGGUAGUGGUGAUGCCAGCGGUAGUUCAAAGAAGAAUGUACCAAAUAUAUUUAAAGAGUAUGCUGCCAAUCCUUCGUUCAAUGUACUCUAUGGAGAUAUCGUUGAUCUGGUAUCGGACAGUCAGAAGUCUGUUGUUGAACAUCUACGUCGUCUGAUAUUCAUUAACAACAUCGAUGUCAUAGUGCAUCUAGCUGCAGCCAUGGAUUUCUAUCCGGACGACAACAGCGUUGUCUUCAAAACCAACGUCAUCGCCACCAAGAAUCUACUUGAAUCGACCAUCUACAAUUCAUCACUAGAUGAAUACGAUGUAGAAGACAAUGAUGAAGAUCAAGAUAAUAAUAAUAGUAGUGAUGAUAAUAAUAGUAAUAACAAUAGUGAUAAUGAAAAUAGUGUAAAUAGUAGCAGUAGCAGUAGUAGUAAUAGCAAUAGUAAUGUAAAUAAUAGUAGUAAUAAAAGAAUAAAUGGAAAUGUAAUGAUAAAAAGAUUUAUAUAUUGUUCGUCGACGGAAGCAAUGGGUGGAGUGUAUCCGGCGAAUGGUGUACUGAGAAACGAGUAUGCUUUCGAGUGUCGACCAAACUUUUACUAUGGUGAGACAAAGCUGGAGGCAGAGGAUGCCGUGCGUCAGAUGGAACGACGCUACGGUUUGGAUACGAUCAUUCUUAGGAUAACCGGUAUCUACGGUAAAGACGAUGACUUUUCAGUGUUUGAGAUGAUACAGGCUAUCAGUUACGGUCUCAUCUUCUUCAUUCCGUCGUUUGCCACCGGUAGUGUCAUGUAUACACACAUCGACGAUGUCGUGAGCAGUCUGCUACUCGCCAUCAGGAAGAAGCGAACCGCACUAGACGAUACCAAGCCAGACCAUCUUCCGUACACCUACGUCAUCUGUCCGGACAAGGGAAUGUCGUAUCGCGACGUCUUGAUAUUCAUCAACGAGAAACUCAACCGUAUGAAACCAAGACUCGUACUGCCAGGUGUAAUCGUACAGCCUGUCAUCGGUUUCGUAGGAAAGAUCUUUUAUCUCUUUAAAAAGAAGAAGUUCUUAUAUAAAUCUGAUACUUUAAUUCGAAUGUCUGAAGAUAGAUUGUUCAGUAAUGAUAGAGCAAAGAAGGAAUUAGGAUUCAAACCACAAUAUAGUUUCAAACAAGGAUUGAAUGUUACCAUUGAAGAGUAUAUGGAGAAUGAUAGAAUAUCAUAUUACCCUGUUUCACCAUUGUUUAUUGCAUCUAUUAUGCUAAUAUUGUUUGUUAAAUUUAUAACAACUUGGUUUAAAUAA